UAAACAUUGAAGUUUAAAAUUCAAUUAAAUAAAAUGAGAACAUGUAGCUAAAGUUAGACGUAAGAAAUUAAUACAUCGAGGAUGCAAAAAUACAAAUACAUAUCUGAAAGAAUUGACAACAUUUUAGAUGUUUUAUUUUUUAUUAUUUCUGUAGUUGCCCAUUUUGAAGAGCAUUAUGUGUCGAAAGUGCUGAACUGAAGACGAACUCAUUAUGGCUCUCAGCUCGACGAUGACAAAUGGGCAACAAGCACUUCAGUGAAGAUAAAAACAGUCUGUAGAUUCGCGACCACUGUGGUUUGGGCAUAACAUAACGUAAGUUACGCGAAUAGUCGGCCUCUGUGAAACUGCCGUCUCAGACGUGACGCCUGCGGUAGGACUGUGUGAGAGAGCCGCUGUUUUAGUGAUCGGUAGACGUUUUGGAUUUUUUUGGCUGGCAGAGGAGAGCAGCGAGUCGAGGAUUUAACAAUACAUUUUAUCAGAUGUUCAUUUAAAAGGGUGUUGGACGGGAUGCGAGCUACCCAACUUGGAAGCGUACCCCGCAUCCGAUUACCAAGGUGGGUCUGAAGACCAAAGGAAGAGAAAACAUGCGAAGGGGUAGACUCGUAAUAAUCUGCAAGAAACCGUGACAUUUAAAAUAAAUUGGCAUCGUUGAUUAGGUGGUGCAAUAGGGUAGGAACUCGGAAAAUUAAAAUGAGUAACAUGGAAGAAAUAAUGAUACCAACUUGAUGUCUCUGUUAAACACGAACCUGGGCUGUCUGUCUACAGCAGUAUAGUGGUAUUAUUAUUAUUAUUAUUAUUAUUAUUGACAGUUAUUGAACGUGAAGCUAAAAAUAAACACGUAAACAUCGUAAUUAACUCCACACUGGGGUACGUGGCAUUGUUUUAUUAUUAUAGAUAUAUUUUAAUACAAAUACGACGCAGUUUUGGUAAGUUCCUUUAUAAAUGUAAUUAUUAAUAAAACAGACAAACAAACAAAAAUACUUUAUCUAAUAAACUUACAAGAUAAUGACAUAACAACAACAAGUUUGUCCUAUGAAAAAUGUAAACGACUAUUGCACCUAGCUGUGGAAUGGUUUAAGUCUGUACUCGGAUUGCAGAACGAUAAGAUUUAUUUAGGAAACACACACACACACACACACACACAAAAACUCAACCAAGAAAGGUAAGGAAGAGCAAAGGCAAAGAGACCUGACAGUCACACCAUAUCUAUUUUGUUGUAAGGUCAAUUCAAAUUCCUAAUAUUAAGAGCAUAUGUAUAUACAAUUGAUUUGAGCUCAUGACAGUGAGCUAGAAAUGAGAAAAUGAACAGAGACGAGCAACACACUGGCACAGAAUUGAGCAGUACCAAAGAAAAGAAACAUGUUGAACUAGCUGAGAGAGUCGGAAUUUGCCCACGGAAUAGUCAGCAGCUGAUGGCUGGCGAGAUGGUGGAAUUUCACAUUGGAGGGGAGGAUGGGUCAGUGGGAGAGAUGGGAGGCUGUGAACUGGAAAAGGCUGCAGAAUCAGCCCCCGUCCACGAACAGGAGCUUGGAGACAGAGGGGAGGUUAAUGGGGGUACUAAAACAGAGUCACCCUGCAUAACUGAUUCAAACGCAGAUCACAAGCCACAGGAUCAGAGAAACAGCCUGGAGAAUGCUAAUUGUGGUCAAAGAGUUGUGGACUCAGGGUUGGAACACACUGAGAAGGAUGCAGCGGCAUGUUUGGAUUUAACUUUGCAAACAUCGGUCUCUACAUUGGAGUUCAGUCCAGAGCAGAGUGACAGACUUCAGACUGUGCAGGAAUCUGUUCCGAUACUGGCUGCAGAUUGCUCGGCAGAUUUGGGAGUCCCUGUAAUGAACACUGAUGUAAAGGAGGUCACCCCCAAUCAAGGAGGGGGUCCGGUUUCACCGCCUUCUCCUCCUGAGGACAGUGAGCAUCUCAAACCUGGAGGGAAGAGGGUCACUUUUCCUUGCGAUGAGGACAUUAUAUCGGGGGCUGUGGAGCCCAAAGAUCCCUGGAGGCAUGCUCAAAAUGCGACAGUGGAUGAGAUCAUCACAGCUUACAAACUUGCCUGCCAGAAACUAAACUGUAAGCCUAUCCAGAAACUACUGAAGCAAAUACAGGAAAUCAAAGACCUGACCCAGAGGACAGACUGCCUUGAUCUGAAAGGUGAAAAGCUAGACUACAAGUCAUGUGAUGCACUGGAAGAGGUCUUCAAGAGGGUGCAGUUUAAAGUCGUUGAUCUGGAGCAAACAAACUUGGACGAAGAUGGAGCCUCGGCCCUGAUUGAUAUGAUUGAAUACUAUGAGUCGGCAACUCACCUGAACAUCUCAUUCAACAAACACAUCGGCACGCGGGGCUGGCAGGCCGCUGCACACAUGAUAAGGAAGACAAACUGCCUUCAGUAUCUGGAUGCGAGGAACACUCCGCUGUUGGACCACUCUGCCCCCUUCGUGGCGCGGGCCCUGCGCAUCAGCAGCAGUCUGGGGGUGCUGCACCUGGAGAAUGCUGGCCUGUCGGGGCGCCCCCUCAUGCUACUGGCCACGGCUCUGAAGAUGAACAUGAACUUGAGAGAGCUGUACCUGGCAGAUAACAAGCUCAACGGACUGCAGGACUCUGCCCAGCUGGGGAACCUGCUGAAAUUCAACUGCUAUAUCCAGAUCCUGGACCUGCGGAACAACCACAUCCAGGACUCGGGCCUGGCGUACCUCUGUGAGGGCCUGAAGGAGCAGAGGAAGGGCUUGGUGACUCUGGUUUUGUGGAAUAACCAGCUGACGCACAACGGCAUGGCAUACCUGGCAGCGGCACUGCCAUGCACCCAGAGCCUGGAGACGGUGAAUCUAGGACACAACAGCAUUGGGAACGAGGGGGUCCACAAGCUGAAGGACGGGCUCAUUGCAAACCGCUCAGUCCUGCGUCUGGGCCUGGCCUCCACAAAACUGUCCUGUGAAGGGUCAGUAGCGGUGGCAGAGUUCAUUGCUGAGAGCCCACGUCUACUGCGACUGGACCUCCGUGAGAAUGAGAUCAAAACCGGCGGCCUCAUGGCUCUCUCCCUCGCCCUGAAGGUCAACACAUCCCUGCUGAGACUGGACCUGGACCGGGAGCCCAAGAGAGAGACUGUGAAAAGUUUCCUCGAGACCCAGCGAGCCCUGCUCUCGGAAAUCCAAAACGGCUGCAAACGCAACUUUAUCCUGGCCAAAGAGACGGAGGAGACAGAGCAGAAGAUGCACCAAUCUGCCUCCAUGCCCGAGAUCACCAUGGCACUGCCACAGACUGAGGAAGAAGUGGCAGCCGAGGAGAGCGGGCAGGGGGAGGGAGGGGGUACCGGCGAAGGAGGAGCCGGCGAACCACCAGCACACAAAGAACAGGAGGAGAACAGAGAAGGAGCAGCAACUUCCAACAACCCGGAGCAGGAAUCCGACUCAGAUACUGAUGAUGAUGAAGUGGAGGGGCCCGCACAGGCUCCCGUCGCUGUGGAGAAGGUGGCUCCUCCUCCUCCUCCCCCCCCCUGCCACCCUGAACCCAAAGCAGCUGUGGGGGUGGAGUCCCCUAGUGGUUCUGGAGACGCUGCACCUCCCUCUCGUUUAGAAGAUAAACCCGUGCCAGAGAUCACCCUGUCUGACUCCACUGCCACCCUCGGCUCCCCCACCCACAGCAACGAGAGACACAUUUCUGUCUCCAGCCCAGGCCGGGGCCGUAAAAUCUUCGUAGUGACCCGUGUGGAAAGCCCCCCCGAGCAGCCUCUGCAGGCGGUGGGGAAAGCACAGACCACGCCUUUGCCAAGCCAGCCGGCGACUCCAAUCCCAGGGAAAGAAGACGGGCAGGCCAGCCUGGCCGCGGAGGCAGGUCCACUAAAGGACUCUGGAUCGGAUAAGCCUGCCCCUGGUGUUACUGACAGCCCUCUGCCACAUACCCCCUCCAAAGCAGAGGUCAGGGAGGGGGGGCUGUGUGCUGCGGCUGCUGGGGGCACCUUGCCCAACGGACUCAAAGCAGAGUUCGCCCAAAUCCUGCCUGAAUCCUCCGGGACUCCUGAGGCCAAAGGGGUGAGCUACCCUGCUGAGGAUGAGCUGAACUGUUCGGAUGAGAAGGAGUUGAAGGAGCUGCUGCUGGAAGCGAGCCUGGAGACUGGGAGAGAAGCACUUUGACACGGCCACGGGGUCCUUAACUCGGCGGAUUGACAACUGCAGGCCGUCCCUGGAACUCGCCUGCUUGGCUGCUUUUUCUUUUUUUUUUUUAACUUUUGUUUAAUUCGUCCUCAAGAAAAACUGAAGUGCAAAAAAAAAAGAAAAAAAAAGUCACCCCAUUCUACUUUAACAAAAUAAAGAAAUCAAUAAAAUCUAAAGAAAUCCCCCUACAUUCCAUCUGCUGCAAGGAAGGUGCUCCUGGGUAACAGUGUUCUUGCAGAAGGCGAACAAAAGAAACAGGAUUCUGUGUGGACAGAUGUAUGUAUUCCUGCUUAACUCACCACAAAACUGCUCAUGUGAAAACUUGCUCCCCCUCCUCCAGAGUUUGGAGUACUUCAAGUGCAUUGGGGAGUUUCGUCUUUGGUCUUGAAGAAUACUUAGGAGGGAUUUUUUCACUUUCUGUAUCGGCAUCACCAGUCACUACUUUUGGAAGCUUGGAAUAGCUGCAUCACAUAUCCUGAUGCCCAGCUUUUCUUUGUCCUAAAACAAUGGCAUGGUGUUCUCUAUUCUUGUUGCAGUCUUCCAUUGUAAAUGGGACCCACUCCCCUGGCUCACACAGACAAGCGCUGCCUUCAACCAACAGACCCACUUGGCUGUUUCAGAGAUCAAAGAUAUUUUCUUAUUUAUUUUAUAGCUUUCUGUCCAUUGAGUAUAUAGAUUUAAUCCAGAGUUUAUUAACAAGAUGUUUUUCAGGGGAAAUAGAGGUGGUGGGAGGGAGGGACUGAAAAACUCUUUCAAUCUCCUUUUCUUGAUUUUUUUCCAAAGUUCCUCCAGCUAAAAGAUGUAGUCCAAAGGCCUGCUAUUGAAUUUGUAUGUUUCUCUUUUUUUUAAGUUUCUUUCGGAUGGUUUGCACCGUGUUGUGCAGGAACGUCUGUUUGAUUAUUUGAUGAGCAUUUUUAACCAGAAAUGGAGAAUGUCAACAAGACAACGUUUUUCUGUCCAUGUAGGGCAAAUGUAUACUCCCGCACUUCAAUUGCUUCAACUGGAACUGUAGAAAAUGAGGGUCUGUAAGACAAGGGACAGCCAAAAACUAAACAUGUACUGUGGAAGUUUGGACUAUAAUGGAGGCUUGGUGGUCCAGUGGUUAAAGAAAAGGACUUGAGACCUGGAGGUUCCUGGUUCAAAUCCCAGCUCAGCUACUGACUCACUACGUGUGACCCUGAGCAAGUCACCUAACUGCCAUGUAAAACCUAAUGUAAGUGACUCUGCAGCAGCAGUUGUGAUGCAUAGUCCACCAUCCCCCCUAGUCUCUGUAAGUCUCUUUGGAUAAAAGCGUCUGCUAAAUGACAAAUUCAUAAUUAAUAAUAAUAGUAACCACCAUUUGCAGAAAUGUGUCCAUUGCCAAAUUCUUGUUUUUUUCACUGUAUAUCAAGUCCUGCAGUGUGUAAGCUCAUGUUUCCUACUUUGCAUCCAUUUUGUGAGCUUCGUAUUUACACAGCAUCAUCUUGUACAAUGUACGGUAUGUCGCAGUGCUAAGCAUCAUACUGGUGACUGCUUCUAUUUUUUUUAUUUUAUUUUUUUUUAUUUUUUUUAUUUUAAGCGCCAUCUUAAAUGCCUUCAGUCUUCAUGUUGUUUAGCAUUAGGAAAUACAGUACCUUAGAAAAGAUAAAGCUGGCAUUACAAAAUAGAGAAAAUUUAGCAAAAUUGCACAGGUGAGUCUACACUGGAUUCAGUACACAUGGGGGGGAAAACAAGAAUGUGGCAAUAGACCUCAAAUGUUUUUCAUCUUUGACCAUACCCUUUCCACGCUACCCAAGUUAUGCACCAUAAUCAUGUGUUGAAAUCAUGAAUAUGAUGUCAUAGUCAGGUGGUUUCAAUGUGUGUUAAUCACACAUUAUUGAAGCAGUGUGGAUCGGGUAUAAAUUAAGGGAUAAUGGCAUUGCUGUGGCAUGUUAUGUGAUAGUAAUGGAACUCCUUAUGGAAGUCAGUAAAGCUCAAGAUUGGAGAUUGACGACAUUAUUUGCAUGAAGGAGUUCCAUUAUUUGCAUGAAGGAGUUCCAUUAUUUGCAUGAGGGAGUUCCAUUAUUGCAGAGGAACAUGCCACAGCAAUGCCAUUAUGACUGUUUUAUACUAGAACUUUUUUUUAAGUUAUUUUUGCAGGGCUCAGCAUUGGUGUGAAGUGAUUCAUCAGCGAGCGAUUGGUUUUAGAACAGGUUUCUUUAGUUAGGGUUGUCUCUCAGCCUUGCUUUAUUUGCUGUUCCAUUACUGAGUAAUGGUUGACCUACAGUACGUAGAAAACAACAGGCGUGCAGUUGUGUGUAAUGUUAGUUUUGCACCAGAUGUAAGCACUGUAAGUAGUAAUGCUUUAACUUGUAAAUUAUCUGAAUGUUGGACUAUUGAAGUUUUAGUGCUGUGCAGCUUUUAGGCAUUAAAUACUGAAAUACAACCCAGAUAAAAAACAGUUGUGAAAACUGGAGAGUGGAACAGUUCAGUCAAAGGGAGGGACGAAAGAUAUGGUACAUAUCCAGAUAAACAUGUUCUAAAAGGUGCCUAUGCUUAGGACCCUUAGUUAGGAUGACGUGAUUGAUUCACAAACUCUGGAGGAGAGCAGGUUCAGUAAAUUCAGUUGUAUAUAUGUAGAUAUUUGUGGGCUAAAACAUUGCCUUCAUAGAAUGCUUUUCAAAACCUCGCAAUAAUGGAUUCUCAUCAAUCCUGCAAACUAGAUGCUUUAAAAGAGUUAGGGGGGGGGGGGGGGGGAGUUUGGAGAUGAUCAGGGUUUCAGUUCAUCGGUUAUUUUCUAACCAAAAAAAAUACCAUUUCUUUGUAAGUUUUCUUUUAAACUAGCUCAACUGGGGGUGGUGAGUCAGGGAAGGGAAAAAAAAGAAUGUAUGGCAGAAAUGAAGGAUGCAAGGUGGCUUUCAUGCAUACAAGCUUUGAAAUCUGGGUCGCUGGUUCGACUCCAGCGAGGUCUGUUUAGAGGCGUGCAGAAAAAUGAGAUUUCGCUUUGAGAGAAAGAUUAUGGCUUGACAGUUAUGGUAAAUAAUAAUAAUAUCUUAAAGGGGAGUAGUUUUAGCCACACUUGCCUAUAAUUUCCUCUAUGGGCAAAUUGUAGUCCCUCUCCAUAUUCAUUUUAGAAAUAAAAAGAAAUGAUAAAAUAAAUGAUAAAGCAAUUGAUAAAGCGUGAAAGAUCUCUUCAUGGUCCCAAUAAGAGGAAUGUGUUCAUGUAUUUGACUCCAUAAUAAAUGUAGGACCUCGACAAUCUGCUCACUAUGGAAACCCAAUGUGUUUUCUGCACAUCUUGCAGUAGAAAGCCAGUUGCAUCUGAUGGUUGUUGAAUAGAAGGGGGAAGUAUGGUACAUUGUGCCCAGUUCCUGCUGAAUGGACAGUUGACCAUCACAAUAUUGACCAUCAAUCACAACAUGCACUACUAUUUGUUCCCAACACACACUAAACCAGUGGUCUCGGCCACGUGCGAAAGAAUCUCCUGCGAUUCUGUGCCCACACACUCUUGACUGUUCUGGGAGAUCUGUCAAAUAGAAAUCGCUUGGAAAGCCCAAACUGUGCCUGUGAUGUGUAGUAGCUACAGAGUUAAGAGAUUCUAGUUAAUGAAAUAAUUCCUCAGGUUUUACCUGCAGUGCACAUUUGCAUGUGGAGUUUUGAAAGAAGCACCUGUUACAACACGCAUGUAUUUUCAUUAAAAUGCAAUCUGGUACCAUACUGAGAAAGCUCUCUGUUUCCAUGCUUUAGUUCAGGUAGUCUGUUACUCUUGCACCUCCUAGGUCACUUCAGCUCCAGAGUAUGUCAUCUGUUGUAAAAGCAUGUCUGUCAUUAGGGGAAGCAGGUGAUUGGUUGUUGGAAGGGGUGCAUUUCGGACAACAGGUGACAAGUGCAACAGACUACAGCUAUGGACAAAAGUUUUGUAUCGCCCUAUAAAAUGUAACUCAUUUUGCUUCAUAAAGUCGAAUGAAACCUGCUGAAUAAUGUUAUGUGAACAUAUUGAAUUACAUACCGCUCCGUAGUUUUCCAUAUAAUUAACAGAAAUGUGACAUUUCAAAAAUCUAAUCUAUCAAAUACUGUACUGCUAUUAUGGCUCCCAGUAGACUUUUGCAAUAUCGUUUUGUAGUUUUCUUUGAUUACAUGAUGUUCAUACAGUUUUAUUUUAUUUUGUUAAUUGUCUCAAUCCUAAAAUUCUAGGUGAUGCAAAACUUUUGGCCAGAGCUGUACAUAACGUAAAAAUAGUUGCCAGGUAUCGUGUUUUUUUUUUUUGUUUUUUUUAUGGAAGUACAUUUUUGUUCUAACAUCUUGCAUCUUUCAAAACUGCACAUUAGAGACAAACUGGACAUGUCUUCAAUGACAACAAUGAUUGAAGUCUUGCAGUGUAAACAUGUGUCAUUGAAUUUACAGUGUCUAACUAUUUCUAAAAUGACCAAUGUUGAGUAUUUUUAGUAUUAACUAGAGUAUCUGUUAAUUAACUAGUUAAAAUCUGCAAUUCCGUAGUGUCGGGAUAAUCCGAAGACUGACAGACUAGAGAUGACUUUGCAAAAGGUGGCCUGCUGUGAAAUUUAAAUGUAUUUCAAAGAUUUUUUGGCACUAAAUCGUAACUUUAAUUCUUGCUGAACCUGAAUAAUUAGAUUGACAGCCUUUUGUUUUUGUGUAGAGAGAAACAAAUAUAUUGAUCUAUUAUAGAUUUCUUCUUUUUUUUUUUAAAAAUUAAGUGCAAUAAGAUUUUCAGGGAGUUUGCUGCAUGUAAAUCAAGUCUGGAGAUGGGGAGGUGGGGCUAUUAAAACGAAUCAGAACGAUGUGUAGUAUUGUGUUAAACACUAUGGGCACUGUUUAAUUGAUCUAAACGAUGACUGGUCUAAAUACAUCUGUAGUUGUCACUUUUUAGACCCCUCUCAAACAGAAAUGUACAUGCAAACUCCUGGUUUUCAUAACCUUGCUCAGGGGUGGUGUUCAGAUCACAGAUUAGGUCCAUUAAAUAGACCCCGAUAUCCAAUUUUGUUGAACUGUUAAUUGUCUCUCUGUAUUGUUAGGAUUAUUUUUCUUUGCAGACUUUUUCUUGUGUGUUAUUGUAUCCGAGCUCUGUUCAGUAUCCUGUGUCUGUCUGGUACCUAAAAGCAGUAAUAGACUUGCUUUUAAAAACUGCUGUUUAAUAUUGCACACAUCCUGCAUUUUUUUCUAAUGUAUUAUCUCUGCAUACAGAAUAGAUUCAGAAGCUCAAAAUCGUAUGUGUUUCUGGAGCACAGAUUCUGUGACACAGCCUGAAAGUAAUCUUUUUUACAUUUGUACAUGUGUCUACCUAGUUUAAAUCAAGUUCAUCACAGUUAAAGAAGGUUAGUCACUUUUAUAUAUGAUCUCAUUCAUUCUGAUUGAUUUUGCCACCUCGGUCUAAUUAUUGUGAACAGUGACAUUAAACAGCAAGAAUCGAAAGUGGUUCAAAAUAAGUUUUCUUUUGAUACAAUUCUCUAUUUCUUUAUUCUUUAUAAUCCCAAACCCAAUUCAAAAUGCAAUGUAUAACUUGUACUGAAGUGUUUCAGCUGGUUUCUUCAGCAGCAUACAGUGUUGAAGGCAACAGCAGAAACAAGUCUGCUUGAUUUAAUAGUUUUGCCUACAUUCUGCUUUUUAAUCAAACUGUGGGUGACACGCCCCUGAAACACAAAAUGUGUGUUAAUUAGUAUUUGCCUUUAUUUGACAUUGACACUGUUGUACCCUGAACUUCUGCUACUGUUUUUGGGUACCAGCAGACCAUCUCAGACUUUCAGAGUACAUGUGGAUUCCUCCUUCAGUCCCAGCACUUGGAUUAAUAAUUAGAUUUAAGAGAAAGUUUAAUAUAUUUGUGUUCUGUUUAUUAGAAGUGGCUUUUACUGGACCAGUACCUGCUUUGUUAUGAAUCUAGAAACAGAACUGUGUGUUUUACUGCAUUUCUGGGUUUCUUGUAUAAUCUCGGUUGAAAUAAAGGGUUUCCUAAUUUC